UGCUGUGAGCGUGUCCCUGCAGAAAUGAGAUACCGCCGACACGAACGCAGCGGCGGAGCACCGCUGAGCGCUGCCCGUAUUCCCGGCAGCGCUGUCCGCGGCGGUAACUGCUGCUCUCCGGUUGAAUUACUGUUCACCUGCUGUGUUUCCAAUGGAAUUUCUUGCAUGCUUUAACUUACGGUGGAAGCUGUCUCAGUCUGUCUUGAAAAGUUUCUCUUGUUUCUUAGAGUCAGGAUUCCAAUAGGAAAACUUUCUUGAUCUUGUGUCCGGGCAGCUCCUGAGGAUGGCAAGUAAAGGACCCACGACUUCUACUUCAACGGAGAACUCCAGUACUGGGGGGACCAGUGGCAGUAGUAGCAGCAACGGUGCUGGGGACAGUACUAAUCAGGACAGCACGUUCGAAUGCAACAUCUGUUUGGACACUGCCAAGGAUGCAGUCAUCAGCCUGUGUGGACAUCUCUUCUGUUGGCCUUGUUUACACCAGUGGCUAGAGACCAGGCCAAACAGGCAAGUGUGUCCUGUAUGCAAAGCAGGAAUCAGCCGAGAUAAAGUUAUUCCUCUGUAUGGAAGAGGCAGCACUGGGCAACAGGACCCCAGAGAGAAAACUCCACCCCGACCCCAAGGUCAGAGACCUGAACCAGAGAACAGAGGGGGAUUCCAGGGCUUUGGGUUUGGUGAUGGUGGCUUUCAAAUGUCAUUCGGAAUUGGAGCAUUUCCCUUUGGUAUAUUUGCCACAGCAUUCAACAUAAAUGAUGGGCGACCGCCUCCAGCUGUUCCAGGGACUCCUCAAUAUGUGGAUGAGCAGUUCCUAUCCCGCCUCUUCCUGUUUGUGGCUCUGGUGAUAAUGUUCUGGCUGUUGAUUGCAUAAAUCUUUUCCAUUAUCCUGUAUAUUCAUGGCCAGCAAGGCCUCUGAAACAGUUACAAACUGCAUCCCCUUCCCAUUUUAAACCUCUUGGUGUCUGGUUCCAUAACUAAUCACAGGUUCCAGAAAUUGGUGGUACCACAGCACAAUGAGGAAUCUCGCAUUUUGCACCAGAGUUGGAAAUUAAACAAUAGUUUAAAAGCAUAUUUCAGCUCAGCUCUCUUGUACAGCAGGUUUCUGCCACAAACCAGGGGCCUAGCUUUGAGCUCCACUUCUAAAAGGAGUGCUGCUUUGAAAUCCUGUGCCAAUCAGUUACAACAGGUUUACGUGAAAGACAGUUGCCCCAAGUAGGCUGGGCAGGUAAGCAAAAUUCUGCAGUCUGAUCAGUAUCUCAUGUUUGGCAAGCACGAUGGAUCAGCUGGAGCUGUGGAUGUUAAUGUCUGCACAUCAACAUCCAGCCUUCUUCAGGAAGUCAUCUGCAGCACUGCUGAGACUCCUUGGGCAUGACUUGUGAUGCAAAUGGAACCAGCUUUGGAGAUUGGUUCCUUUUCUUGCUGUUAUUUGAUGGAGUGAUGGAAAACUCCCUGCUGAAAUGGUUCCAGUGGCUGUUAUAAGAAAGGAGACAAACUUAUGCUGCAUUUUCCUAAAGCCUGCGUUUCUUGGAGCCAGACACCGGAAGAUGCUCUCGUCAUGGAGCUGGGUGGGGUUGCUGAACAGUCUGACACACCUGUCUGCCUCAUCCAGCUCAGUUCCCCACUGACAAAACAGUGUUGUCUUCCUUGGUUCUACAUGGCAGUCUGUGGCUGCACUCAUGGAUAAUCCCCUCACAACCUUGUCACUCUAGCUAUCUUUCUUUUUCCCAAGGCUGUGAGACAUUAAGCAAGAUCGUGUACUCCAAAUAAAAUCCUGUUAACA